GCACUCUCCACCCUCUUUCCUAUCAAGGUCGUCAUCUCUACGGGCAAGUCGGAUUGGGAGCGCUCGGUCACAGACGUCAAGGGCUCGCUCGCUGCUCACCUCCUCGCUGUCGACUCGGGCACGGCUCCGUGCAGCGCGUCCACUUCGACAUCGGGAACCUCGACGCCCGGUACACCCGGGAGCACCCUGCGGGGUUUCGAGCCCACCGCGGUCACAGGGAUAUUCAAGGAUUCGGAGACGCGCAAAGUCUCGAUUCUUAACGGCAGCCAUGACACACUUUCCGCCGCUUCCGACGUCGAAACCGUCCUUGUCUUUCCCGACUACAAGCUCGUGACAGAGGUGCCGUGUUCGCUGGACGGUGCUCGGGAGCUCUGGGACCACUCUGUCGACCCCUCAGUACCCCGCUUGGGCUCAUCGUUGGUCCUCGGUCCCCUCAAGUCAUGGAUAAUCCCUUAUUCAUGUGUUAUCCUGAUUUGCUCACACCGGAGGAGAGACGUGCGAUGUGCAGUCGUAGCGCCGAAACUCGAACACGCUUUCUCGGAAGCGCUUCACAGAGAAGGUUGGGAUGUGCACACGCAACUCGAAGAGCCGACCGGUCCGUCACUAGAAGACUUCAAUCAUUCUGAUGAGGACAAAGAGGCGGAGAUGCAGCGGCGCCUGCAGGAGCUAGAUGAAGAUAUCCACAAGAAAGCCCUCAUCCUCAAGACUUCGCACAUCGGCGGACACAAAUACGCCGGCAACGUUAUCAUUUACAUGCCUCAAGGCUCAGGCGUGUGGUACGGUCGUGUUUCGACACACGAAGUCUAUCCCAUAGUCCAAAACACCAUCUUGGGCGGUCGCAUCCUCCCACCCCUUCUCCGCGGUGGCGUUAAUCUCUCACGACCAGACUGCAAGAGGCUAAACGAUUGGUAG